AUGUCCUUCCCAAGUCAAGUACUUCUUGCAAUCUGUGUUUUCCUGUUCCUCACACCUGGAGGUAUGUUCUUUUUGCAAGAGUUGGGAAAAGCACUGUCAGCCAAGGGAGGCAGGUUAAGAAAAGGAAAAUGCAACUUAGGUAGUUUCAUACUGAAGUAUGAACCAAACCAAAUUUAUGCUCUGUCCACAGAAUCUGAACUUAGCCAAUAAAAUGGCCCUUCUUCUGUUCUCUCCCUCUGUUGCACCUUAAUGGAAAGACUGUUUCUAGGUGGCAACUGAGGGAGAGGGUGAGCCAAGGGCAGCUGUUGUUGCAGUGAAGCUGAUCAGAGAAUCUUUGAGUUGGAAGGGACCCAAGAGUCAUCUAGUCCAACUCCCUGCAAUCUAUGAUGGAGUGGCCCUGCUUCACAUCUCUUUCUUUACUGCAGCCUGUUAGAAUCUGUUCAACAUUUUAUGUAUUUAAGCAACUCUCCCUAAUAUUCAAGCAGGGAAACUGACUCCUUUACCGGGUAGAGAUUCUUUGCAAAUAGAAAAUAAAACUCAAGAUGUGGGCAAGCCUUCUGUAGCACAAGAAAUAUUUAAUAAAAACUAUUUAUUUUUUAAAAAGAUGAGGGUAAACUAUAGGUUCAUCUCAGAGCUAAGGGUUGAUGGCUCAAUGUUUUCCCAUCCUGUGCCAACUCCUUUUAAUCCCAUUUGGGGUCAAUUCUUUAAAGAACAAGCCAUGAGAAAUCCACCCAGCUUUACUUUUACAAGCAUGAAGUCCUUCAGAAGUGGUCUGGGGGCUGCCUCUUUCUCCAUUUCUCCAUUUAAUAUUUUACAGUGGCUUAGGGAAAUUCCUUGGCCAUUUGGCUAUUACUUUUUAAAAAUCUUGUUAAUUAUUCUGUAUGAUUUCUGCUGUAUUCUGUCUUAUGGUUUGUGAUGUAUUUCUGAUGCUCUAUUAUCCUAUUGUCAUUCAUUGUUUCUAAGACACUUUGGGGUUCCUUUGAAAGAAAAGCGGCAUAGAAAUAUAAUCCAUCAAAGCAACCCUCCAUUAUUCACAACAUUUUGGUUUUGUCUUUUGGAGCAGAUGCUCUCCUCUGUGCAAAAUGCCUAAUAAUGAUACCAGGAGUACCAUGCAACCACCAAACAUGUGAAGUUGAUGAUGGAGGAACCUGUGUUGGCAUCACCACCCUCGAAAGUAAGAAACAGCUGCAAAGGUUGUGCCUUGUUUGGGCUCCAUAGUCCACAUUCCCCUUCUGCUUAUUUUCCAUUUCUUUCAGCUUAGUGAUACAAGAAGGGGAAUGAUUCAUGGAAAUGCCUUUGUCUGAAGCACAGCUUCAAGCAUGCAGUCUGAGCUUGUAUGCAACAAGCUCAGACAUUUCUUUCCUGACUGUUGCAUUGUUGAAGAGAGUGUGAGUGUAGAAAGGAAGAGAAGGUCUUAUUUCCUCCAUCACUCAGUGGCAUAGCAAGGUCAGGUGGUACCCUGUGCAGAAAAUUUCUUGUCACCCCCCCCCAGCACAUUGAAAUAAUUAAAAGAAGGACAAAUAAGAUACUUACAUCACCAGAAAAGAGGGUGUAUGACCCAAUUCUAUAAAACACAGGUCUCUGGUCUCAAACCCUCCAUGCAUACUUAUGUUUCACUGCAAUAUCCCACAGUACACAUGUGGGUACCACACAAUACUCCACUCCACUCCUUCCCAUAUAUGCUUCCUAAACUUGUUUGUGUGUUUCUCUCUACAUUCUAGAGCAGAUUUAGGGGCUGUAGAAAAAGUGGAGAGAGACAAUGUGUACCUGUAUUCAGAAUAGCUUUGUUUCCCCAGAGUAAUAAACGUUGGACUCAGCUGCAUUAGUAAAGAAAAAGCAUUUUAUAUGCAUUAUAACACUGUGACACUGGAUGGCACUGUGGAGUCCCAUCUUUCGCCAACGUGAUUUCCCAUUAUAAAGUUUACAACACUUUUUCCUAAAAUGUUUAUAUAUAUAUAUAUAUAUAUAUAUAUAUAUAUAUAUAUAUAUAUAUAUCUAGAUUCAGCCCUUGUGUUUCUUUAUUCUUUCAGCCAUCAGUAUUACCAGGUUUUUUAAUGGACAGCACUUUGGAUAUUUUAUGUGAAUUCCAGUUAAUCAUUGUGGUGCCUGAGGGUGAGAAUGAUACAUAUCUUCACUCUUUUCUCUUUUCCUCUUUCUUCCUCUUCACACGUUGUCUCAGAUGGGGUGUUUAGAGAUAAAAUACUCGAUUGUGGAUUGACGGAUAUGGUGAACUGUGAUAUGCCUUGUCCUAAUCAAAAUGAUAUCUGUCUGGAAGUCAAAUGCUGCGAUGAUUCUGAUUUCUGCAAUGCAAACUUUUAA